UUGAUUCUCAGGCUCUCCAUUCUUCACUGACCGCCCAGAAAACCACAGAUCCAGAAGAGCUCUUCAAGCUCUCCCUCCAAGUUGCCCUUAUCGUGUUCUUAAAGUUCGCUUCUUUACCCACAAAGCUUAUCCCCAAGGUCAACGGCGAUCCUCUUCUCGUGGUCACGCUGCGUGAUUGCCUAACCCAGUUUGAAGACUCUAUCUCGUCCAUGCACCCUGGUGACCGGAGACUGCUGCAGGAAACGGUUCUGUGGAUCCGAUUGGUCAUACAUACAUUGUUCAUUGUUGUAUGAUGGGUCGAGUAAAGCUAAAGGCCCACAUGCAAUCCAGCUUUUAAAAAUUGGUGAUGGUGGUAGUCGGUUUUGAGGCCCAGUAAUAGUGAUUUUCUAUAUUAAAAGUUCAAGGACUUGAAGGGCUGGUCCCUGACCGAGUAAUCCAAAGAAACCAUGUUUUUCUCUGAGACUCAUCCAUGAAUCAGUCGGGUAUGGCGUGAUCAUUAGAGAUCAGAAGAGCACUCUAUCAGUCAACAGACACAGUGCAAAUGAAAUUGAAGCCACUUUAAAUAAAGAAUCAUUCUGAGCAUCAAAUACGGCAUACUGAUUGCAGUCAUCAAAUGCGGCAUUCUGAGCAUCAAAUGCAUAAAGAAUCAUUCUGAGCGCCGCUCCGCUCGGCUAAUCUGUUGACCCGAACGACCUAAUCUAUCACCACCAGGUUUACUUGUAAACUCGGUUGAGUUCUUCAUUGCUACCCUCAACUCUUCAAGCACUGUUGCAGCGGUGGUGCUGUUCAACUCUUGUAGCCCGUCCAAGCAGGACUGCUCGUUCGUGAUUGCCGCGCUGAGCCAUGUCCUGAGGUCGCUGAUCUUGGAAGCCGAUAACAACUUCUCGCAGAGCUCGGUAAGGGCAACUUGGAGGGAGAGCUUGAAGAGAUCUUCUGGAUCUGUGGUUUUCUGGGCGGCUAAGGCUAGAAGCAGGAAUUGGGGUGCUGUUCGGGGAAGAUGAACAGUGCUUUUCUCCCAAUUGUUUGAAUAUUUAUUAUAAUGGUAGUAUAGGAAUUAAAACGGUGGAUUUCAACCGAAAACUAACAGAAGGGGGUUUUUCUUACGGUCAUAGUAUAAAGGGGUUUUUAUCUCAAAAUAAAGUACAGGGGUCUUUGUCACAGACCCCAUAAUACAGGGGGUCUUUGUAAUUUACCCAACCUCCUCACCUCUCAUCUUGUUUAGUGGAAGAAAGAAAGCGCCACCGUCACAGAUUACAGAGAGACCGGAUAAAUGAUGAUGAUCGAAUCAUCCGUGGCGAUGGGGUUUCGCGUCACCACAACCGGCGGUUGUUGCUCCGCUGGCGGCAUAGCAAGUGAUUAUUUCUAUUAUCGUCCCAUAUGGAGCUCCGAAGACCCCGUCGGCGUCCACAUUACUUCCCGUCGUCUGUCUUACGGCGGCAGUCUUGAUGUACCCUGGAACAGAGUUCCAAGGCUCAUUGAUGGUUGUUCUCUCCCAACAAGAAACAGUAUCUUGAAAACCAGAGUUCGGGCAGCAGCAAACCACGCAGGCUCGGCCUCUGCUCAUCCGGAUCGGAAUGGGAAGCCUCGUUACCAUCCGUUUGAGGAGAUAGCGGAGCCUACGUUGCAGGACGACAGUGAAGAAGCAAGUCUCACUGCCGCUGAAACUGCUAGAACCAUAAUUGAGGUAAACAGCAAAGCAACUCUCAUGUUUUCUUUAUCGGUUAAUGAUGAAGUUCACGAGAACAUCUUCUGGCCCGAGUUGCCUUAUGUAACUGAUGAACAUGGGAAUCUUUAUUUCCAGGUGAAUGAAGAUCAAGACAUUCUGCAAACUCUAACUUCUGAGAAUAACUAUGUGCAAGUGAUUAUAGGCCUGGAUACUAUGGAAAUGCUUAGGGAGAUGGAACUGAUGGCAUCUGAUAUUGACUUUGGCAUUGAAGAAAUCGCUGAAGAAGAGGAAGAUAGUGAUGAUAUUGAUGAGGAUGAAGAUGAAGAUGAAGAUGAGAACGAUGACCAUGAAAAGGAUUGGGUUGCAAUUCUUGAAGAUGAGGAAGAUGAAUCGGAUUCUGAUGAGACACUUGGUGACUGGGCAAAAUUAGAGACAAUGCGUUCUUCUCAUCCAAUGUAUUUUGCUAAAAGGCUGGCUGAGGUUGCAUCUGAUCUUCCUGUGGACUGGAUGGAACAGCCUCCGGCUGGUCUUGCUAUACAAGGCCUUCUAAGACCUGCCUUUAAUGAAGAGAGUUCUUUCAUCCAAAAGUAUAUACCAGGCCAUGAGCGCAGAAAUGAUAACUCAAAUAAUCAGGUUGAGGAAAAUGCAGAAAAUAAACUGGAAGAUAUUGGCAUGGCUAAUGGUGAGUCAACAUCUGAAGAUAAUCCAGUGGCAGAGGAAUUGGACAAAAAUGAAAGAUUAAGAACUAGGACUUCGUUUUACAAAUUGGAGAUUGUUAAGAUUCAGCUGAUUUUGGCACAUGGAAACCAGACUGUUGUGGCAAUAGAAGAUUUUCAGGAAGCUAAGCCAGAUGCUAUUGCACAUUCAUCAGCGAAAAUUUUAUCCCGUCUGAAAGCUAGCGGGGAAAAGAUCACAGAAGCCUUAAAAUCUCUCUGUUGGAGAUGCAAGAAUGUUCAAGUGGAGGAGGCAGCGCUUGUUGGUGUAGAUAGUCUUGGUUUUGAUUUGAGGGUUUGCUCAGGAACACAGGUCCAGACAUUGCGGUUUGCUUUUAAGACACGGGCCACUUCAGAGUAUAGUGCUGAGAGACAACUUCGUGAACUAUUAUUCCCAAGGAUCCACCACAAAUUACCAAAGCCGCAACAGGCCCACCAGAAGGAAUGCUGACUCUAUUGGGUUGUACAUUUCCAUUUGCUUAAUUGUUUUUUUUUCUUUUUUUUUCUUUUGUAAUUUAUGGGUCCCUGAAUCGAAUCUGUCAGGUCAGCUGUUCCUUGAAAUGAUACGCAUCUUAUGUAUUUUAUGUGAAAUAUAUACAGAAGGUGCUGGGUAUCCAUUGCCUUUCAUUUAUUUGAUCAGAGUUUUUGCCA